AAACUAAAACUCAAAUACAAAUAAAAAACAAUGGCGCCAAAACGAAAACCUUCGUCUCCAAUCUCCAUUGGUAACUGCGAGAUUACGGUCGAGGCUAACCGCUUCACCUGCAACUCCGAUUCAAACGGCGUCGUAAUCUCUCUUCCCCGAAGCGGGAAGAUCAAAGUGUCAGCAGUGGCUCCAAACCGUGGAAGCGCUUCUGAGGAUUUGAGGUCUGGCGAUAAAGAACACGAGUUCGUGCUAGUUAAUCCUAAAGAUGUUGAUGCUAUUAGCAAAUCUUACCUUCAGGAAGUAUUACAGAUGUAUACGACAGAGCUACCUGGAAUGAAUUAUGCCGCGAAUACAGGAAAGCAAUCAAAGUUUCUUGAGAGAUGUGUGACUAAUGGGAAAUAUCGUACACUACUUAUCAAAUCCACUUCUGUUGGAAAUUCAGGAAAGGUUAUAGCUGCAAUUACAUACCAAAUCAUCCCUGCAGAUACAGAAUAUGCAGAGAUCCCACUUGCAGCUGUCAAUGCAAUCUAUCAACGGAAGGGUUUUGGCCAUCUAAUGUUUCUAGAGCUAAGGAAGAGACUUCAAAGUGUUGGUGUUCGUUCUAUUUUAUGCUGGGGGGACAAAGAAUCAGAAGGAUUUUGGCUUAAACAGGGUUUUGUAGAAAUAGCACAGGUGGGUACCAAAGGAAGGGCCCGCAGGUUACCCAUAAAAGCUGAUAUUCAAAAAUCAUUAUGCUUUCUUGGUGGUUCGACUCUCAUGGUUUGCCACCUAGGGAAAGAAUUAUUAGCUGACGAUGCUAACACUGUGAAGUAUCUCCCCUCACAGUUUCAUCAGAAUUCCUUUACAUCUGCCAUUGCUGAAGAUGAGCAGCUUGAAUUUUCGGGAAAGUUACAUGUGGAUUUGAAAUUUCCAGAUAAAUCUUCCCAUAGAACAGAAUCAAGUAAAAAUCAACAUGAAGCUUUGGUGAAAGAAGGAUCUUCAACAGAAUAUGACAAACUCAGUGGAUUUGACAGUCACAAUGCUAAGGAAUGCUGCACUGGCAUUUCUCCUUUUGCCAAAGUAAAUGAUGAUAGACAGGCCAGUCCAGAAAGUUCACAGGAUGGAAUUGAUGCUAAUGUGAAGUAUUCUUCUCAAUCUACAAAAGGUGCAAAGAGGGCCUGGGAAGCCUCUUUGUCCUCAUUGAAGUCAAAAAGGGUGAAGGGGAGCCAGAUGGUUGACUAUCAACCAGAUUCUAGCUGCGGUUUUAUCUUCGAGACUGAUAAGGCCAAUCCUUGUUUUGAUGAAGUCCCUCAUGAUCCUUCAAUUACAAAAAGUUCUGAAAAAUGUAUCGGGGAUUAUUUGCAUUUAGAAGCUCCCAUCAACAUAGACUUUCCAUCAACUAAACAAUGCUUUAGAAUUAUGUUGAUGAAUAUUGCUGAUGAUGCUAAGAAAACACAGCUCACGAAGGUGAUUGAAGACCUUGGUGGAAGUAUAUCACAUGAUGGAAGUAUGACCACACACGUUGUCACAGGAAAAGUGAGGAAGACUCUGAAUUUCUGUACCGCCCUCUGUUCAGGUGCUUGGGUGAUUUCAUCAAGUUGGUUAAAAGAAAGUUAUCGUCAAGGAAGAUUUGUAGAUGAACUGCCUCACAUACUGAAUGAUACAGAUUAUCUGCUGAAGUACAAAUCUGAUUUAAAAAAUGCAGUUCUCCGGGCAAAAGCUAGCCCUGAUGCUUUGUUUAAGGGUUAUAAUAUAUGUAUUGCGGCUCAUGUUCAAACUCCUAAAACAUUGUCUGCAAUUGUCAGGUCUGCAGGUGGUAAUGUUAUCAGUGGACUAGAAACGGUAAACGAAACAUCAACAACAAUCUUUGUGGCAUGCGAAGAAGACACAGAAGAAGCAAUGAUAGCUGCACAGAAAGGUAUAUGGACUUUCAGUAGCGAGUGGUUUAUGAACUGUGUCAUGAGACAAGAGCUUGACUUGGAGGCCUCACAGUUUGCAGAGUCCUUAUAAGGAUGUGACAUGCAAUCCAUAUGAUUUUGGUAUAUAAGAAUCUGAGUUUUAGAGUCUUUCCGCUUCAUUUAUAUAAAUGACUAGUUUUUAAGAAAAGAGCUGGUUCACAAAUUUAAGGAGGAUGACUUGCCAAAUACUGUAAAUAACUAAUGGUUUUAUCAGGUUUAGGCUUUAGGCCUUUAGGAUUAGGAGUUGCAAAGAUAUUCAUUUCAUGCACAGUUAGACCAUAUCUACAUGCUUUUUCUAUUUUAUUUUGGAAUUAGUUUGAUCUUUUUUUUCCAUUCGUUAACUCGGAUGAAAUUGUAUUAGUUUGGAAUUUGAACCAAAUCUUAUACUUUUCCUCUCUUUGACGUUAAGUUACUCUAUUCUUA